GUCUCGUUUUCAAAUUCGUAAUUUCCAGACUGCCAGCCCAAGUUGUUCAAAUAUAUCGUUAAUCUUUGCGUGUUGAAGUCGUCAUGUGCAAACUUUGGAAAAAGUUGGUUGAAAUAGAGAAAAAUAUGGAUUGAUGUGUCUUAGUUCAAGAAAUAAAAAUGAGAAAUUGGACGUAUCUUCCCCUUGUUCUCAGCUCAACAUCCCUUGUUAUUGUUGCAGCAUCUGCUUUGGUAAAAACGUACUCACCUUACACAAACGACCCCAUCAUAAUCAAUGUACAGUCAACGAAUCUUCUAGAUGGAUUCUACGACUGUUUAAAACUAAAAGCUUAUCACUCGUGCAAACUACAUUUAACACGACAAAACAACUGGAUCUAUAAUGCCGUUUCUCUAACGAGCGAAAAUGUUGUAAAUAUUUAUGAUUACAGUUCUUACUACUGCAAAUUCCAAUUGCUUUGGCAACAGUAUUAUUUUAUUUGUGAAAAAAGUUAUCUCAAGUGUUUUAAUAGUGUCUUAUGUGACCCGCCAUUGUUUACAAUACGCUGGUCGAAGAGUGAUGAAUAUAUAGAGGAUGAGAAUCUACAACACUGUUCAUCAAAUUUAAACUUCUGCACUUCCUACAUCAAGAGGAUAAAUACUUUCCCUUCAACGCUAAGUAUCAUAAAUUCUGCUUCGUCAACGAGAUGGACAAACGAUAAUACAGUCAAAUAUACCGUAUCAGCAAUAGUGAACUAUAGCACCACUGUGAUUCCUAACACUACUCUUUUAGAAAACAAACAACCUUCAGAUACUAAAAUUAUCAUAGCAGGUGUCGUUGUUGGUGUCUGUUUAUUGUUUGGUAUAGGUAUUGUUGUGUAUUGUUUUCGUAAAAGAUUGCUGACAAAAAAAACUAAAAGCUCAAAGACCUGUGCUUUAAUUGGAAAGAGAAAAAGUAAUACCUUAAGUAUGAUAGAUGUGCCGUCUACAAAAACUUUAGAUAAUGCAGCCGAUUCUUCAUAUGCAACAUACGGUCACGCUUAUGACCUAUAUGAACUAAAUUGCAUCCCUCAAGUCGCUUGUUCUGCCCAAAGUACAUCGUCUGAUACUUAUCACACCUCAGACCAAAUUCCAAAUAUGUCUUAUUCAAAUGUGUCUACCACAGCCAGACCGGUAAAGGCCGUUUACCAAAACGCCAAAGUGGAAAACAAAAAUGUAGCACAAAUUAAAGACUACGACAGGCUUGGGGACCACGUGAGAGAGUUUAAAAAUGAUUACAAUUGUCUGUGUCCUGAAGGUGAAGCUAAUCAGUUAGAGGUUUCAAAAGAUCUUCAAACAAUCCAAUUAAAAGAUCUUGAUUUGACGGAGUAUUCAUUGGCUCAUCAGUGGCAUGAAGCUAUUGAUGAAGAACCUUCUACUCCUUACACACUGGCACAAAUAAUUAAAACAUAACAUUCUUUAUCUGUUUUCUUAAACAUUACAGAUGUUAGGAUUGUAACUAAAAUGCUCCUACCGUUGAAAAUGCUAAGGAACAUUUAUAUUUCCGAACAUAGAAGUUUUGCACAUUUAAAUUUAUAUUGACAAAAUAUUUUCUGUGCUAGAAAUGUACCAGCUGGAGUUAAGCAUAAUUAAAUAUAUUUCUAAAUAAAAACAAAUGAAAAUUGUAUAAUAAUUUUCAAAUGAAUUUGUCUUUUUAAAAAAAAUAUGUUAUUAUUAAAUGACAGAAAAGCUACAAUUUCUGAGACAAGCAGGGUUUCUAGCAAAGGACUGAAAAAAAAACAUACCAGAUCAAAUUCAUUCCAAUCUAGUUCUGUUGUAGAACUUAACGGUGUCAUCAGAAGAAAGAUUUUCAUCUCUACUUCUUUAACGAAGUCUUUUCAGGAUAUCAACAUAAAUUUUUUUUCUAUGAGCUACUUUUAACUGUUGACUUCUAGUAAAAGUACAACCGACAAUGUGAGUGACGAGA